AUGACGCCAGCGACAGAGACCUCCGGGCCUCAGGUCCUCGGGGUAGGUCGGCGGACGUUGGGCAUGGCCUUGCUUUUGCUCGUGGUGGUUCUAUGGACAGCCUCGAAUUUCAUGGGAAGCACUAUCUUUGCCGACAAUACAUACCCCAAGCCUUUCUUCGUGACCUACAUCAAUACGUCGCUGUUCACACUGCCGUUCUUCAGCGCCAUUAUCUCGAGGACAUGGGGCCUUUGGCGGAGCAACCAAUUGUCGCAAGUCGAUUCCUUCCAGAGCCUGCUUCAACACUGGGAUACCUAUACCUCCAAACACGAAGAGCAGGAUAUACUGCGAUCGCCAUCCUUUGAUGAUGAGCAGGAGGAUCGGGACUCGCCUUACAUGCGGCCGAAGAUGCAGGGUGACGGUGCGAAGCUGGGGUUGCGAGCGACAGCCAAGCUCAGCUUGGAGUUCUGUCUCUUAUGGUUUGUUGCGAACUAUUUUGCCAUGGCCUGUCUGCAGUAUACGACCGUUGGAAGCACGACGAUUCUGACCUCGACCAGCGGCGUUUGGACAUUGAUCUUCGGUGCCAUGAUUGGCGUGGAACGAUUCACCCUCCGCAAGCUACUCGGGGUGAUCGCUUCCCUGGUGGGGAUCAUCCUCAUCUCACGCGUCGACUUGUCCAGCACCGACGCGGGGGAUGCCACUUCUGUCACCGGCGGAGCAAGUACUUUCCCUCACAAGACCCCCACGGAGAUCGCCGUUGGUGAUGCCAUGGCUGCGUUCAGCUCAGUCAUGUAUGGAAUUUAUACCAUCGUCAUGAAGAAACAGGUGGGAGAUGAGUCCCGGGUCGAUAUGUCCAUGUUCUUCGGCAUGGUCGGGUUCUUCAACUUGAUCCUCCUUUGGCCCGGAUUCUUCAUCUUGCAUUGGACCGGCGUCGAGCAAUUUGCACUACCCGACACCCAGAGAGUCUGGGUGAUCAUUCUGGUCAACUCGCUCUCAUCCCUCAUCUCCGACAUUGCCUGGGCCUACGCCAUGCUCCUGACCACACCGCUCGUAGUCACAGUCGGUCUCAGCUUGACCAUCCCAUUAUCCCUCGUCGGUCAAAUGUUCCUGCAAUCUCAAUACGCAUCCCCGCUAUACUGGCUCGGAGCCACGAUCGUCUUCCUCUCCUUCCUGGUCGUCAACCACGAAAGUCAGACGCAGGGGCAAGAGGUCGAUUACUCGGGUGAGCGCGGGAGACCAUCCUCGGGUGAAUAUGAAAGUAUACCACGCGAGGAAUAG